UCGGCAGCCAGCAACAGCAGUAGAUGGCGGGCACGCCUUCGGGGGAGGAUGUAGAGGGAAGGCUGUUGGCUCCUCUUUCAACUCUAGUGGCCUCGGAACUUUGUCUAAGACAAACGGAUCGCGCGUUCCACGACAUUCGUCGUCUGGCGAACAUUCUGAGCCGUGUCAAUCAUGACUCUCGCCGGGAGGACUUACUCGACUACAUCCGAUCCAAUCGUGCGCGGUUCCUCAAGGCAUAUGCCAUCAUCAGCUGGCUAUGUGGAAACCAUGGGGAAUUAGUUGCGAAUGCGAGCAAUGCACUCGCUGAAGCUCGAUCUCAACGCGAGCAGAUUGAUGCGUGCCAAGACCAAUUCUUCUUCAUGCACGGGGGGCUGUUCGGCGCGCGUCAGCGACUCUACGACGUACCUGUUGCAGUGGAUGUCCUCAUCGGGGGACGGUAUCCCCACCUGCCGAAAGGGAUAGAGUAUUGCGGAGGCGAUAUCGACCCGCGCCCUAUCUUCGAGUUGCCAGCGAAUCGCGAGGAGAUUGUGCUGAGGGUGGACCGUGCUAUACGUUUGGCUCUUUUGAGAAGGGGCGGCGUCCCCAAUCAGUUCACAAGCCACACCGUGAAAAACGGCGUGCUCACGCUCACAGUCAACGGAGAGUUUGAGCUCAUGGUCACUCUCCAAGCUGAACGGGAAGAUGCUAGGUGGGCCUUGCUAGGGAUCACGUUGCUGGUGCAGGCGAGGGAAGGAGAAACGAUCACCGCACCUGUGCGAGAUCUUCGUCAGCAAAGGUAUCUUCACGAGGUGAUCCAAAAAGCGAUGGAUGUGCACGCGGACGGUGACGCAAACCCGAGACCGAACGCUCUGCUUGCGGCGUAUCAAGUGUGCCACGACCUGUGUUGCAGCAUGGUGCUGGAAAUUUUACACGCGCAGGCUCAGAAACUGGCGACGAGGGUAGGAGGCUUGUGGGCCUCGCAGCUUGCGGUGAUGUUCCACAAGGACUCUCAGGCAAAUAAACCCGUCCUCGAUCUUUGCCUGUGGCAACGAGAGUUCAGUGUUGGACUUGGCGGCACUGGGGGAGAUGUCGGGGUCGGAGGCGUCCGUGUUGGGGAAGCCCCACUUCGUCGGGAGCAGGUGGCAACUGGCUCGAGAUUGAAGGCAACGGAAGCGGAGGACUCCUUGCCACCGCCCCCUGUUGGGUGUCGGUAUUUGCGCGUGCAUAGGCCGAUGGACAGAAAUAGCCAGAUAGUGGCCUCUCUUGGACCGCCAGGGGAGCUGCUUGAAGGGAGAGGGCUGGGCAGCGACGUGGGGGGUCACUCUGUGACUACGGACGAGGAGACGGCCGCGGUAGAUUCGCUGCUGACCAGUUCGGUUCAGAUAUAUCCGGACAAGCUGAGUUGCGCACGAAUGCUAUUGGCUGCCGCCCGAGUAUUUGCCUCACAAAAGAUCAACACGCUGGCAGCAGAUGUUGAGUCAUAUGCGGCGCAACUCGGAACUUGCGUGCCGCGGGUGACCACUGUGGGCGGGCUCAGCGUCUACAUUUGUCCUUGGGGGGGUGGGGGCGUGGAAGUGUCCGUGGACGUCAAGAGUGGCAGAUAUCUGGUGAAAGACACCCUACCCGGUGGCGGUAAAGCUAUGGCGAGUUGCAUUUCUCGUUUGCGGGAAGCCUUGAACCUCUUGCCUCUAACGGACUCGCAAAGUCUUGGAGAGAGCAUUGCUUCAACGCUAUCGGCAGGCAGGAGUAUCCUACAGAAACGAUCGCUACCAACCCAGAGAACGCGAAACGGGGAGCAAGACCUGCGCCAGCAACACGUACGUCGUUGCAUGGGGGAAUCGUUUGGACUCCUACGCAGGGGUGAGUUGGAGCACACCUUUCGGUGUGCUUUUGGAGUGGUCCCUCACCUGCGCUGGCAAGCUUUGCUUGGCCGCACAGAUACGAACGUCAUAGAUGCUGGUACAGAGUUCCCUCGGUUGGACGGCAGCGACACCUUGCGAAGCUCCGUGCGCCUGGGCCAAUUCCGAGAGAAUGGCGUUCGUUUGUCGGAAGCAUGGCGCAAAAGGACUCGCAACUUUAGCAUUUUGCGAAGGGGGACAAGCGCGAUUGAACUGACGAGGGCCGAAAGGGCCGCAACCAUCGGUCAAGUCCCAACUGCAGCGUCGGCAGGUGCUGCGUUUCGUCUCAAUUCGGCACCACCCCUCGACGGUGAUCUCAGCUGUUCCAGUGGCUGGCAGCAAGGUGGUGGGACGCUACCAGCGGCACUUGCAGCAUCACUGGUGGAGGUAUCCGACGGCGGAGAUGAUAUGGCGAGCAGGUCAACGCGUUGGAGAACCGAUCGCGGCGUGGGACCCGGGGCUGACGGCGUAAAAGCGUCGUCAGAAGGGAAUGUGCUAGAGGAGACGGGCGAGAUGCUUUCUUUCUUUUUGGAAGUGGACGUCACUGGUAACUUGGAUGUGGAACACACGGUAGUUUCGGCCACCCUUCCUACGGCGGGGCGGGCUCGAAAUUCACUUCGGCCGGUGGUGGGAGAGACUUACCAGCUCUUCCCUUGUCAGCCGCUUAGCGGUUCGCGGUGCGGGUCCCUUGACGCGGAUCUACUUUCAUCCGAACCCCCCCCGGCGGUGGGCACCAAGCGUUCAGCCUCGUGUCUGGAUGCAGACUACUCGCAGGGGGCGAAUGGUAUCGCGAAGGGGGUGCACGACGGACUUUGCCCCACCACGUUGCAUGCGCCAGUCGGUACGGUCGGAGAAGCAUCUCAGACCCAGUUGUGUACGGCGGUGCAGAUGUGCAACCGAUUUGUACCGUUCGCGCGGUUGCAGCAUGCUUUGCUGAGGGUCGGCACCGGCCUGUCAUUGGAUUUUCGCGAGCUGACGCACUUUUCCGGGGCGACGCAGCAAGUCCCACACUGCGCUGUGUUUUUGGCGGGUGAGCAUGGCUGGUCAAGUCCAGAGGUAGCAGCGUCCUCUGCGAGGGUGUCGUUUUUUCCUGGACACACUCAAGCAGAUACCUGGGAGUGGGAUGUUACACUUGGCCCUACAACAUCGCUAAUGGACUUCAUCUGGGCUGUCCCGGCGAAGCACGAAGACACGGGACUGGCCGAAACGAAGGGGGUCGUCCACGAGCAACUGCCACUGGCACAGCAUGUCGAGAUUCGCGGCGUUCGUCAAGAGGAUUUUGAAAGCAGUAGGAUGGCACAAGGGAAGCACAUCAGGUUCCGGUUUCCUCCUUCUUUCUCUGUCCAUGCCAUGUGCCGCUCGUUUGCUCUGGCUGGGGAGGGAUUGACUGUCAUGCAGACUUUGGCUGCCCAGGCGAGUAAGUUGCGACAGACCGGAUGCGAGGGUGCAGGCUACAGCGUGGUGUCUUUCAGCCCAGUACACGUCGCCAUGCGAGAUUCUAAGCUCGACCACGUGGUGCUUCUGACGCACAGCGCGUUCUCCUCGAGGCAUAUCUCUUCGGCAGACCGGCCAGGAUUGGUUUUGAUCCCUUGGCCUCAUGCUCCAACUUGUCCGGCGGCCAUGCGGGAGCUGGAGGCAUCGGUCAGGAAGCACCGCGAUCUCAGCGCCUUGCUACAUGGUCUUUCACUGACUGUGCCAGUCCUGGCCGAGGUGUCGCGUGUGUUGCCGGGUGUAGGGAGUGCAGCUGGAAUGAACGGUGACCGUUCUCCCGCCAGGGGGGAGUUCGUGCUCACAGCUGUCACCCCGGCGAGGUUCGUGUUGUCAAAAUCACCUCUGGGCGGACGACGAUCGCAGUCAAAGCCUGCGCUUACUCUUGCGGUAGAGGCAGGCGGGCAAGUUCGAGUUUCUACACCUGGCAGAAAGGAUGUUGUGGCCGAUACUGGUGCAUUGCGGCGUUUUUUGCUUGAGUGGAUCGCAUCAACUUCCGAGUAAUGCUUCAAUUUUUUUCCUUAGGGAGGUGCGUGUGAUUUAUGUCGCUUGUGACUGUGGUCUAGCCAAGGUGCUGGGUAUCCGUGUAUGUGUGCCCUUCGUCGUGCAUCUCUCUUUUCUUGCUAGGCCACUGUUGCCCUGUGCCAGUCCAAUAUCUUUACGUCGUUUCUCUUGUUUAGCCGGGGCAAAAGACAGAGAGGGUUCUCUCUCUCUGAGAAAACUCUGCCUCUUAUCAUAGUCCAUGGAAUCAUUCUUGCUGGAAAUGAAUUUACAUGGAUCUCUUCUCGCUUGCCGCCGAGGCAUGCGUCCGAUGGAUGCUCGUUUCUUCCACGCUUGCACCCGAGCGAUUCCGAGAU